CAUAAGUGCAAUGAAACAUAUAUAUGCGACGUAGCUAGAAAGAUUCCACGGCUUCAAAGCUUUUGUUUUGGAUUUUUUUCUCGAUCCCCCAUAUUGUGAAUCAUGAUUUGAGAACAUGAGAAGCUAAAGAGUACCUGGUAAUGAAGUGUUUAAACCCAAAAUGUCCAGCUCCUUUGGUAGUCGAGUCUCUUCCUGUUGAAAACAUUAAAUUCUGUCCAGUAUGUGCUUCUCCGCUCGACCCAUCGCUGAAAUAUCCAGAGAACAACAAGUCUAGCGAAAACCGUCACCAUACAGAAGAAGAAAGAAGCGAACAAUCAUCCCUUAAACAAAAUAAGGAUGGGGCAACAAUUAGUCUAAAUAUUACACCAGAGGCCAGUAGCAGCCACUUCUCUGAACCUAAUGGCAGAGAUGAAGAACAUGUUGGAUCAAGUAGUGCCGAUGGUGGUACUGCAAAUCAAGACCAAACAACCUCAGAUCACACUGGGAACAAAUCUAGUGAAAAGAGAAGGGAAAAGGACAAUGCAAAUGCGAAUGCCAAGAAAGAAGAUAAGAAAGAGGAUGGAUACUUUCAUCAGAAACCUCCACUGAAGGAACAGAAAUCUAAGAAUGCCGAUUCAAAGGGUAAUAAAGCCACACAACAACAAAGUUCACAUGGAAGUUCCUGUAAUGAUUCGAGUGGAUCAGGUGUUUCGGAAAGCGUUACCAUCGUGUUUCAUGCUUUGUUGGCUCCCCAUUUUAUGCUUGAUACCAGAGUCGAAAAGAUCUUUGUAUGCGGUGGGACUCCUUUUAAAGGAUGGAAUGCUAACCAACUAGAAAUGACACCUAUAAAGUGGGUUAAUAAUGGAUACCUUCUAAUCGAAGGAGAGACACAAAUACCUCUCAAAUGGGCUCAUCAUAGAAUCACCUAUAAAUACAGAGUGUUUAAACUGGAAGGUGACGGAAAAUCCAAGUGUGUAUGGGAAGAAUUGGUAGGAUAUCCCAAACACCAUGGAACUAGUUAUACAAACCGAUGUUUUUAUAUCCAAGAACGCUGCCGCAAGCCAAACGGUAUCUGGCAUCAAUACGAUGACGGGAUCUUCAGACCACCAGGCCCAUGGGAAUCGUUUUUUAGCAAUUUUCCAAUGUACAAAUUUGUGAAUCCAGUGGAAGGACGUCAAUUGGCAAUGCAGGUUAUGUUGCCUGAUUGGGACUCCUUUGGAAAAGAAAAUAGAGACGGUAAGAAAAAGGGCAGCGAAGUACUGGAAACGAUCAACCAAGUGGUCUACUGUAUUAGAAAUGCCAAGCGAGAAACUGGAGGUUUCGUAUAUGACUAUAAAUUGAAAGACUUCUCGUUAGAACAGGUUAUGUUUUCGUAUAUUGAGCCAAGACUAAAUUUGAACUACGAACUUGCACAAGCUACCAGCGACGUUCCAACACAAGCAGAGUGUCUGGCGACUUCACUUGCUAUUGCGACGAUCGCUUUCAAUUUGAACUUUAAUCCAGAAGACGAACAUCUUAUGAGAAUAUUUGAAUGUUUGGCCAUAAACCCUUCAUUCGGCCAACAAAGACUAGAAAUCUUGCUAGAGGUUCUGAUGAAUGGGUACUACUCCCCUGAAAACACAUGGAGGCUUUUGGAAGGCAUUCUUGAACUCUUCCAGUAUACCAUAAUACACAGACCUCAUAUCCAUCACUGGCUCCUUGCAGUGCCUUUGAUGCACUUCUUGUCGAAUUCGUGUCAACCCUAUACAGAAGUUGUCAUCACAACAGAAACACCUAUAAGUGAUGACUCAUACUGGGGAACAAAUGGUCUUGAUCUUUCUAAUGUUCAAAAAAGUUUAAUUAGUUCACCAAUGGAGGUUUUUUAUCGACUUAAACAAAUGUUUGAGCUUGAUCCUCUCCUGAGGAGGACCUUCCUUUUCGCUUUACCUCUUCGUGACCUUGGAGGAUGUGUCAGACGGGGGGACUUUCCCCCGGAUGAAAUGUGCUGGACGUUAUGUGCGAGGCUGCAGACAAAAAGCUAUAUCAGCGAGGAAGAAGUGAGCUCUAUCAACGAGUGCUUAAGUGCAAUAACCGAAACGAUAGACAGAGAAACCGAAGUUGAAAAUGAAACAGAGAAACCAACCACCAGAUUCAACAUCGAUAGGUAUAUCUCCUUGGAAAAGGCGUCACAAGAAGUUCUUGAUUUUUUCCUUAAGUCCUUGAAAGAGAAAUUGGCUUUGGCAUGUGCAGUUCUCACUAUAUUGUCAAAGACGUUGUCCUUGUUGAAGUACAUAGUCACUAAACCCCAGACCGACGAGCAAGACCUAAAAAAUCAUGACAACAUCAACAACAUUUGUUCUAAAAGCAUUGCAACAACGUCGACAAAAGUUCGAAACUGCCUUGAGAAAGUGUUUACAGGCAAUCUUGAUAGCUUUUCAGAGGAAUCAGUAGAGGCGGAGUUAAAGACGUGGUCAGAUUUUUAUCAUGUCGAGUUCUCAGACAACACAUUUCGUCAAUCUUGGGAGGACGAGUUAAAGGAGAGUCUAAACCUACGYAUUAAGAAGAUGAAUGAAAUACAAAGGAUUGACUUCUAUUCAAGAGGCAAAUUCAACCACUUCCACCAACAACUUGAGAGGUGUUUCCAGGGUGCAGCGUUUGAUGCUAUCAAAAGUAUCGUAGAGAUUGGUAGAGAGGCCGAGCGUGAAAAAGCUUUUGAAAGUCUCUGGCAGCAUGACCCAAACAGCAGUCAAUCCAGAAAAGUUGGUGAAAUGAUGUCACUUUUACUCMAACGUUGCUGGCCAAAAGACACUGAGCAACAAGACUCUCUGUUGACUCAUGUGUUAACAUGGAAUCCAAUGGCAAAUUAUCUGAGAUAUUUUACUGAAAGGUCCCACGCCCUAUCGGGCGAAUCUCAGACCCUGCUUACACAAACAACUAGUUGUCUCGAGGAUAUCCACCGUAUGGUAUCUGAUGCCUCAGUCAAAGUAAACAUACUGCGCAUCCUUAGAGGCAGAGAGGAUAAGUACUGUGAACUAUUAGAGAUAUUGGGAUAUUCUAUUGACGACAGUGAUGACGACCGUGAUGACGAUAGCGGUGACGAAGAAAGCGAAGAAGAUGACGGACAAGAUGAUACCCAUACAGAUUUUGGGAGGAUUUUUAAAAAGGCCCAAGCUAGUUUGCGGAAACGACUCGAUGAGCUGGAGGCAUUUGAAAAAGAAAGGGAACAACUACGCUCAUUUCUGGGCAUAGGUUCCAUAUUAGAGCAUGUUGAUGUAGAGGAUAUGAAACGUAAUGCCUAUACUGAUGUAUCCCAGGUUGAUAUAAGCGACCUCGCUGUGCACACUUGUGGUAAAACAGUUGGCGAAAUGCAAGUACAAGUCAUUUUUUUUGGUCUUUCAAGAGAGUUUAAAACAAUGAUAACAACGAUGCAUACUAUUCAUGACAGCAGGAUUUUCAGUGAUAUUUGGAGAAUAAAAUUUCAAGAUGCACAACAUGGCGAACAAUUAACAUUGGAAGAAGUCUUCGAACAAGUUUGGUCUCCGACCAUCAAGAAAUGCAAAGACAUACUAUACGCGGUGUUGACAGGAAUUAUAACCCUUAAGGAUGUUGACAAGCGUUUCGAAGGUUUCAAAGAUGGGCGCUACGAUGAUCUUGAGCAAGACCUUUGUACCAUCAUGUGUGCUUGCAGUGGUACUAUUAACGUUGAAGAAAUACACGAAGGAGUAAAUCAUAUCCGGCAGUACCACAGAGUGACCAACUGUAUAGCAGCUGCUGAUAAGAUUCUUGAAUUUGCUGUCAAGAUGGAUUUGAAUGGCGAUUUCGAAACGGUUGAAACGUUUCGUCGUCAGAUAAGUCCAGAGUCCAAGAGACAGCCGCUAAAUUCUUUACAGGAAGAAUUUAGCCAGACCGUUAGAAUGCUCGAGGAAUUCACUCCUGAGAGACUGCAAUGUCUAGAUGUUGUGAUGGAAUCUAAGGACUUCAUCGUUUGGUUAAAGGAAGUCGUACCAGAUUCAAGUGAAAUCAAGGUGUUGGUAGAUCUUGCCAUGAUUUUAGCUGAUGAGGGUGACAUGGAAAUAGACCGUAUCGCUGCCCUUCACGCGUGUACAAGAGGCUUUAAACCACUCAUUUAUGACCUUAAAAAAGAUGAUGACUUUAAAUGUUUAGUUGAGUUGUGUAGAGACGUUUGGGAAGACUUGGAGCACAACACAAGAUUGCCAUUACAAAUGAGUGACACUAGUGGAAGACUGGAAUGGCUGAAGAACGUUCUAGAAUUCCAUGGAUCAUUGACAAUGUCUUCUCUACAGCAAGUAGAAACUAUAAUGAAACAUGGAACAUUAACCAUUGGUUGCCAUGGAAAAGACGAGGAAAUUAAUAUCAAUACCAUGAUAAGUCUAAGAGUACCACCAGGAAAAGUGAAAAGCCUGCAAAAAGAAACCUACAGUUUAGAGGAUCUUAAAGAUCUACAGAGCAAACUGAUGCUGAUUGCUGGGAAGUCUGUAGGCCAAGAACAUGUGGACAAAUUUACUGAGAUGUUACAAGGUGCAAUCUGCUUAGGAACAGUAUAUAUGGCUCUUUGUGAAACGGGUGAGGUCAGCCAUCUUGACUGGAAAAGAGACUUUACAUGUCGGAGAAAUGAUUUAAUCCCUGACCUACAGACUUAUUAUAACGAGUUUGACAAGUUUCUAAAAGCAUGGAUGGAGAUUUUGAACUGCCAGAGAAACGAGUGCAAAGAACUGAACUAUUUUACCGCGAAACAGCUACUUUACAUGAGAAAAGAAAUUGCCAAACUGAGAAGAGGACUAGAAUUCGCAAACUUAGAUGUUCAGUUUUAUACCCUCCUGGAUAGUGUGCUUCCAGGUGUUACUGCACGUUCACUACGAGAAGCAUUGAUUGCCAUUGCCAUUGAUGUCGACUUUUCUGAAGAAAACCAUUCCUCAACGGAAACAGAAGAAGAAGAAGAAAUUCCAGAUAGCGAUUUUAGAAAAAGAUACAAUAAGUUUUUCGAUUAUGUUAAGGAGCUUAGGUAUCCUGAAGAAGUCGCAUUGGCAGCUAUUGUAGCGUGUGACUGUCCUAGUGACGAAUCAGAACUCCUAAUGUGGUCUCUACGAAACAAAAAUAAAGAAGAAGACAUUAAAGAUUUGUGUGAUGAGGGAGCCCAAAACCCUAAAUACGCUUCUUUGUUUCCGCAAGCAAGUGUCCCAGAUGUAACACCUGAUGAUGAACAGAAGCAAAGAGAUAUUGACAGAUUAACAACAGAAGAUGAUGGUCGUAACUUUGCAGCUGAACUUGAUCAGACACUAAGUGGUUUGUACUUAAGCCUUGGGGAACUGAGUACUUUACUGGCCUGCCUGGCUAAUGAUCCGACCCAAGAGGACCAAAGACCAAUGACAUUCCCCGGCUACCUGACGGCGGGAAAACCAAACAUGCUACUUGUUCCUCAAAGAGAUAUUCUACCUACUGUUCUUGGACUUUACAUGGAAAGUGUAGGACUUCCAUCAAGACAUGAAGUGUUGAUUUGCACUCAAGAUACCACUUUGGAAGAGGUGAAGCUGUUAUGGCGUCGAGUCUUAACCAACACGAGAAACAAGUUCUACUGUCUGGUGAAUGCAGAUCUCUUAAGCUAUAAUGUCAGCGAGCAAGCCGUUCAAAGCUUCUUUGACCUGGCUAAUCAUGAAUACCCUGAUAGCGUAGAUUACAAGGUCGUGGUGAUAUGUAGCAAUGAACAAGAAGUCAAGUCACACAUCGUGUCUGCCCUGGAUGAGUAUCGUGUUGCUGGAGCUCCUCGCUGUCCAAGACCAUCUGAAGUGACAGAGUACCUAGAGAAACAGUUCGUUGCUCCAAGACCACUACCAGUUAAUUAUCAGGGCCAUCACAUUGAUUGGAUACCUGCUGCUUGUGUGGAAAGUCGAGACAGUCUUUCAGUUCGAGUAAUAUCUUCCCACCGUGCGGGAACUGGUAAGAGUUUGAUAGUGCAAGACUAUUCCAAAAAGCUCGAUAGCAUCACAAACAACAGCACUGUAACGAAACUCUUGGAAAAUCAGGAAGAACACGUGACUCCAUACGUCAUCGUUCCAUUACAUAGAAAAACAGCAAACUUGUCGGAUACAGUUGGCGUCUUGCUGCCUUACUCGCUCAAGACUGAUGUCCCAAUGUCGCGGAUAUUUCACAUUGAUGUCUCUCCCUCGGUGGAACACGGACUUGAUACUCUACUAUUCAAUUUGCUGCUUCUUGGCUCGAUUCAAGACAACCGGGGUCGCGUAUGGAAACGAAACCCACGUGACCUGUACAUUAUAGAAGUGACGCUAUCGCAUGAUACCCAGCAGACAGGGAGUACAGACAAGUACGCGCGAUCGCACGAUUUUUAUCAUGAGCUACCUCACGUGACAUGCGUGACGCCUGUGAAAGCUUUAGAUGAAAUGAAUAAAGAUACAGCUCCAGAUUCAGAUUCCAGUUUCAUGACAUCUUUCAAUGAAGACCAGUUUCAGAGCGAGCCAGUACAACGAGUAUAUCAGUACCUGCAACUUUAUGACACUGCUCCCGAGAUCCCUCACGAGUUUCAGUUUGACCCAGAGGUACUUGCUGAAGGUGAUGCAAAUUGUCUGUCUCUUCUCACAAAGUACUGUGGUGUAACCGAUCCGUCCUGGGCAGAGCUACGACACUUUGUGGAUUUUCUUAACUAUCAGUUAACAGACUGUGAACAAAGCGUAUUCUGUCAGAUGGAAAACGUAGCGGAUACCUUGGAAGGAUUUCGCAUGUUUGUGGUUCGAUUCAUGACUUUAAUGGCUCAGGAUUUCUCCACUCGCUCGCUAAGUGACUCGGUUGAUAAAGAUGACACUCAAGACGAUGAACCGCGAGACAUUGCUCAGUUUCAACUUCGCAGGAGAUGGGAAAGCAGUCCUCAUCCCUACAUGUUCUUCAAUCCCGACCAUCAAACAUUCACUUUCCUUGGGUUUCGUCUUGAUCCGGAUGGUAACCUAAUCAAUUCUUCGACGGGUGAGAUGAUCCGGGAACAACUCAUGACAAGGCGUCUCAGAAUUGGACUUAACGUACAGCGGGUCAACUUCGAUGAAGACUUUGAAAAACUGAAUAAAGAAGACAAAAUCCAAAAGAUUUGUGCGGUGUUGGGUGUUGAAUGGCCGCGUGAUCCUGAUGAAAGCUACGAACUGACAGAAGACAAUGCAAAGAAAAUGCUUGCAAUACAUAUGCGCUUCAGGUGUGGUAUCCCUGUGGUGGUGAUGGGAGAGACUGGAUGUGGAAAGACAAAACUAAUAAGAUACUUGUGUGGGCUGCAGAAAGGAUUCGACGAGCGUAAAAAUAUGCUUCUCGUGAAGGUAACUAGGGCAGCUACAUAAUCUAUUUCUGUUUUUA